AUGGCACGCAGGACACUGUACGUGACCGGUUUUGCACCCGAAAUCAGCGCCCGGGAGCUUGCCUAUGAAUUCGAGGAAAUCGGAAACAUAUUUCGAUGCGACGUGAUCUCGCCUGCUCGAUCGGGGCGACAGCACGGGUACGCGUUUGUUGAGUUUGAAAACGCCCGCGACGCCGAGUACGCCUACAGAGACAUGCAUAACCUGAGAAUCGCCUCUGGUGACAUAUUGCAUAUCGAGUGGGCCAAGACGCCUCUGCGGGAAACCCGACGACGACGACGCUCCCUUGACCGAGGCUCUGCCAAGCGACGAAGCCGAAUGAGCAACGGCAACAGCGACCGAUCACGAUCACGAUCGCUAAGCCCCGAGCGACGACGAUCACGAAGCCCCGAACGACGACGAUCACGAAGCCCCGAACGACGACAGUCACAAAGCCCGGACGGAGGCCGAUCGCGAAGCCCCGAGCGAGGCCGAUCUCGACGAAACGAACGCAGAGACUUUUCCGAAAGUCCGGAGCGAAAACCCGGCUCGAACGUGUGUGAUAAUGAAGACGGGGAGCGCACCGAGAGCCGCUUUGAUCAGACGUCGUCGCAACAUGACCCGUCGCAGCACGACUCCACGCACACGCCCAACGAGUCGGAUGCUACCAUGGUUGGUAGUGGCCACAAUAGCGUGGAUGGCAAGGAUAGUGCUGAGGCAGAGACGGCACCGUAUAAUUGCGGAGACGAGCCCCAGCUCGAGGCCGAGUAA